CCGCCCAGCUCAGCAUUUGGCCAAGGCAGCGGUCGGCCCCCUCCCCUCCCUCAGGCUGCUCCCAUAGGCCCGUCCCACUGGCCCCCAGCCCCCAGCCUGCACACCUCCCGGGGAGGGGACCGCCCCAGCCUGCAAGGAAGUGCUCAUUAUGGACAGAGGAGAGUGACGGCCACUCCCACCACGUCUCCAAGCAAGCCUGGUGACCCCUGUCCUGCGGCCGCCUGUCCUAGCAGCCUGGGCUGCAGAUGCCCCGGUAGGCGUCUCUGCAGCCAGAUGUUCUAAGGCUGAGAACGACCGCCGGCACUUCCGCGGAGGGCACGUGCGGGUGCGACGCGUGAUCCAAGGGACCACUGAGUGGGACGAAGGCCACAGACGGGCCCCCCAGUGAGGGGUCCCUGUCCUCGGCAUCUGGAACACGGCCGCUCGGGGAGGAAGUGCCCUCUGCCGGCUGCAGGAUGGAUGGCUGCAGAGGGGAGGGCGUCUGGACGCUGUGCUUCCUGCUACUGCUCCUGGAAGCCGGUUCUGCCACGGAUACCUGGGAGCGGGCAUUGCACGUGAGUCUGGCCGAGAAAGCCCGUGCCGAGGAGGUGGGCGUGCCCGGAGCCCCCCAGGAGCCCCUGGAUGCCCACUGCCCGCCGCCCCCGCAGACGCUGCCCCCAGGCGCCUGCCAAGCAGCGCGCUGCCAGGCCGACUCCGAGUGUCCGCGACACGAACGCUGCUGCUACAAUGGCUGGCGCCACACACGUUCUCAGCUGCCCGAGGAGGGCUCUUCUGACUGUGUCAUGUUAGUUUUAGACUGGCUGGUGCAGCCGAAACCGCGGUGGCUUGGUGGCAAUGGCUGGCUCCUGGACGGCCCUGAGGAGGUGGUGCAAGUAGUGGCCUGCAGCACCACUGAGGACGGGGCGGAGCCACUGCUCUGCCCCACAGGCUACGAGUGCCACAUCCUGAGCCCAGGUGACAUGGCCAAGGGCGUCCCCAACCACGGGCAGUGCGUCAAGCAGCGCCAGCAAGCAGACGGGCAAUUCCUACAGCAAGAAUUUUACAAGGAAUAUCCAGACGGUGACUCCAAGAAUGUGGCAGAACCUGGGAAGGGACAGCAGGGACACUUCCAGUAAGCAGAGGCAGCAGCUCCUGUGCGAGAAGUUCCUCACUCUCCGCUACGAUUUGCAAACAACGGGUGGAAACAUCUGGCCUCGCGAGUGACACUCAGCUCACUCGGGGCUCCUGGAGUCAGGGCGCCUGGCCUCAAUGCCCCCUGGCCUCCUGCUAGUGGGGACUGAGACCGUGGGAGCCACUGCACAGCCCUGUGCCCGGUUCACCGUCCCGGGAGCCAGCCCUGACCUGCCGUGCUGCGACGUCUCUCCCAGGCCGGGAGCUGCCGUGAGCAUUCCGAAAGCCCUCUCCAGGACUGCGUUGUUCUCACAGCUUUCUUCCAGGCCUGACUCUGGGAAGUAUGUGCCAUCCAGGUGUUUUCAAAGUCAAUUCUCGCGUCAUACAUGGAAAUAAACGUCCCUGCUCACGCA